GUGAGCAGGUUUAGCAGCUUCUCACCGGCCGGGAAAAUUUGGUAAACUGAGGCAACUUUGCAACAUCACUUAAAGUGAAAUAGAAGAAGUUGUGAGAAGUGUCAAACCUUCGAGAGUGACUUUAGGGUGAACAUUUGAAGAUCAAGUAUUUUAGAAUCAUUUCAAACGGCAGGAUGAAGAACUGGCUUUUCAAACUGCAUUUUCUAGUGAGCUCCAUAACGGUGGCUGGCACAGUGACGCCCUCUGUCUUGGGGAUGGUGGGUGAGCGGGUGACCCUGCCGUGUCACUACGAAAUGGACGGGUCAUGGGGCGUGUCUGAUCUGCGGCUCCUGUGGCAAACAGAGAGCAAUCAGGUGGUCCACGCACAGUACGGGCAGACAGAGGCGAAUGAGGCCCAGGACAGCAGGUACAGGAACCGGACCAGCCUGGCGGUGACACAGUUCCGACACGGGGACCUCUCGCUCCAGCUGCAGCCUGUCAUGCCCACCGACGGAGGAGGGUACCAGUGUAUCGUCCUGAAACAGGGUCCCCAAGGCUUCCGCAAGGUCAAAUCUACUCGCGUCUACCUCACCACAGCAGCCAAUUACAGCGUGCCGGUGAUAUCUGAGGCGGGGCCGGGGGAUUUUCGAGUGGGAGAGGAGGUGAACCUCACCUGCAGAUCCUCGGGUGGUUAUCCUGAGCCGGAUGUGUCUUGGAUUGGCCGGGAUGGGCAUCCCCUUCCUGAGCAUCGGCACGUGCAGACAGUCUCAUCCGACCUGGGCACUGGGCUCUGCCAAGUCUCCAGCCUCUUGCGGGUCACAGCCAGUGGGAACGUCAGCCUCCGCUGUGUGGUCUUCAACAGGAGCACGGGCGACAGGAAGAUCUCGGCGCCGUGGAAAUUUCUGAUGAAGUCCGUCUCACCUCGUGGUAUUUCCCCGGUAACAAUCGCGGCAGUAAUAAUUGGACUACUGGGUGUCGUGACGUUGGGGUGUGUAAUCUAUCUGAGGAACAGGUCACACCAUAAUUACAGAGUAGCCAGAAUCUCUGAUGACUUCUGCGAUCCCAGCUUGCCAGUCGUCAUGUCCAACGUGGCUGUGAAUUCCGAAGUCGCUCCCGACCCCAGUCUCCCAAAGGCCUUGUCCCACGACACAGAGAAGAUCGACAUCCAACACGAUUCUGUGUGACGUUGGUGGUUGUGGUGACCUGCUGUCUGUAGGAUGGAGAGUUUGGGGUCAGAACAGGGGAAGCCAGACAGGAACACAGAGAACAGACAGUGACCCAGUCCUCCACCAUCCCACAAUGCCCCCACCUCCUCCUCCGUUAGCCUAGAGCACAGGAGGAUCCCACAGCCCCCAUCCCUGGAGGGUCGGCCAGCGCUGGGUUGGGAAGGUGCGUCGGUGGGGGUGGCUGGGCGGGGUGGAGGAAGGAGGGUGGGGGUGACUGCAAGUGAACCCGUGCAGGCGCCCCUCGCCCUCUGACCUACUCACCCCCCCAACCCCGAGCAAGGGGUAAUUCCAGUCGGGGAGUGGGGGGCUGGCCUUGCAGUCUGUUAAUCCAACCAGAAACACUCGGAGUGUGAUGCUGCUGCAGUUGAAUAGCACUUGCCACCUGGUUCCCCUAGAAUGGAAUAGACGAUUGGGGGAUGGAGAGGAGGCGGGGAGAGAGCAAGAGGGCUGGAAGUGAGGUGACGAUGGAGAUAUUUUCCCUAUCCCAGCAUCCAAUUCUGAAGCCCCCUCACCUCCCGCCAAUGAACCAUUGGGAGGAGGUCAACAAGCCUUUAGAGAGGGAGGUAGAGGAGGAUUGGAAAGGGGUCAGUCAUUCAGUCAUGCUCCCUCCGAGCAGGUGAGGAUAA